GAGGGAGCGCGGCGAGGGCAGCGCGGCGGGUGGGGAUUACCGGGCCGGAACCCGCCGGCGGUGCCCGGGAGGACCUGCCGCCCGACGCUCCGGGACCGGGCGGAGUGCGCCGCAGAUUUCUGCUUGGCAGAUUACUCAAAGGCAAGAAGGACCACCCUACCAUUCUUUGAUUGUUGCCCCUGUAAGACCCCAGCAACAGACUCGAGGCCAAGUCAUCCGUGCUGCCAUACACCCUUCCCACCCCAGACACUCCUCUGGGGUCCACAUGAGGUCAACAGUGUGAAGAUGACCAGUGCCUUCUUACCUUCUUAGCAUGACGACCUUGGACCAUGUGAUCGCAACCCAUCAGUCAGAGUGGGUCUCCUUCAAUGAAGAGCCACUCUUUCUUGUCCCUUCUGAGGGGGGCACUGAAGAGCACUUCCCAGAACUGUCAUCUUCCUCAGGUCCAUCUGAGAGCUCCUCUGGGGAGAACCAUGUGGUGGAUGGAGUCUCUCAGGAUCUUUCCCACUCAGAGCAGGAUGACUCUUCUGAAAAGAUGGGCCUCAUCUCUGAAGCAGCUUCCCCUCCUGGGAGCCCUGAACAGCCUCCACCUGACCUUGCCUCAGCCAUUAGCAACUGGGUUCAGUUUGAAGAUGACACACCCUGGGCCAGCACCUCACCAUCUCAUAAGGAAACAGCUCUUCCAUUGACCAUGCCCUGCUGGACAUGCCCUUCCUUUGAGUCCCUGAGAAGAUGUCCUCUGACCUCCGAGAGCAGCUGGACCACCCAUUCUGAAGAUACCAGCAGUCCUAGUGUUGGCCCUUCAUACACAGACCUACAGUUCAUCAAUGCAGAAGAACAGGCAAGCCGCAGGACUUCUGGGGCUGACUCAACUGACAAUUCCUCCUCCCUCCAGGAAGAUGAAGAAGUAGAGGUGGAAACCAUUAGCUGGCAGGCGAGCAGGCCAGCCAUGAACGGGCAACCUGCCCCUCCAGUGACUUCUGCGCGCUUCCCCAGCUGGGUCACUUUCGAUGACAAUGAAGUCCACUGCACUUUGCCACCCGUCACCUCCCCUUUGAAGCCAAGUACACCACCACCUUCUGCACCUGUGACCUCAGACAUACCUUAUAACUCCACCCGGUCAUUUAAGAGGGACCGUCCCAAGAGUACGUUGAUGAACUUCUCCAAAGCUCAGAAGCUAGACAUUUCCUCCUUGAACCGCCCACCUUCCAUAACUGAGGCACCACCGUGGAGAGCAACCAAUCCCUUCCUGAAUGAGACUCUACAGGAUGUCGAGCCCUCCCCUAUCAACCCAUUCAGUGCUUUCUUUGAGGAACAAGAGCGGCGUUCCCAAAACAGUUCCAUUUCCAGUACCACUGGCAAAAGCCAAAGAGAUUCUCUCAUUGUAAUCUACCAGGAUGCCAUCAGUUUUGAUGAUUCUAGCAAAACUCAAUCCCACUCUGAUGCUGUGGAAAAACUCAAACAACUCCAAAUUGAUGACCCUGAUCACUUGGGCAGCACAACACUACCUGACGAUGACCCAGCAGCCUGGGUUCACCUGGAUGCUCACCUGCCUGGGUCAGCUGUGUCCCAGCCCAGGGAUGGGUGGUCAAUGAUGCUGAGGAUCCCUGAGAAGAAAAACAUCAUGUCCUCCAGGCACUGGGGACCAAUCUACAUCAAACUGACUGACAGUGGUUUCCUGCAGCUAUAUUAUGAACAGGGCCUAGAAAAACCAUUCCGUGAGUUCAAGCUGGAGAUCUGCCAUGACGUUUCAGAACCCAGGCUUCAAAACUACGACGAGAAUGGGAGGAUCCACAGUUUGCGGAUAGAUCGUGUCACUUACAAGGAGAAGAAGAAAUACCAGCCCAAACCCGCUGUGACCCACACCGCAGAGCGGGAGCAAGUGAUUAAGCUGGGCACCACCAAUUACGACGACUUCCUGAGCUUCAUCCGCGCAGUUCAGGACUGUCUCAUGGAUCUGCCUGUCUUGUCAAUGGACUUGAGCACUGUUGGCUUGAACUACCUGGAAGAAGAGAUUACGGUGGAUGUCAGAGAUGAAUUCACCGGUAUUGUGAGCAAAGGCGAAAACCAGAUCCUCCAGCACCAUGUCUUGACUCGGAUCCAUAUCCUGAGUUUUCUCUCUGGGUUGGCAGAGUGUCGCUUGGGCCUCAAUGAUAUCCUCAUCAAAGGCAAUGAGAUUGUUUCUCGACAGGACAUCAUGCCCACCACCACCAGCAAGUGGAUCAAGCUCCAUGAGUGCCGCUUCCAUGGGUGUGUGGACGAGGAGGUCUUCAACAGCUCCCGUGUUAUUCUGUUCAACCCUUUGGAUGCAUGCCGGUUUGAACUAAUGCGGUUCAGGACCGUGUUUGCUGAAAAGACUUUGCCCUUCACCCUCAGGACAGCGGCAAGCAUCAACGGGGCAGAGGUGGAAGUGCAGAGCUGGCUGAGGAUGUCAACCGGCUUCUCAUCUAACUGCGACCCCCUCACUCAGGUUCCCUGUGAGAAUGUAAUGGUUCGUUACCCAGUGCCUAGUGAGUGGGUGAAAAACUUCCGAAGGGAAAGUGUCCUGGGGGAAAAGUCUUUGAAAGCCAAAGUGAACCGGGGAGCAAGUUUUGGCUCAACUAGUAUCUCGGGCUCCGAGCCUGUCAUGAGAGUAACUCUGGGAACUGCCAAAUAUGAGCAUGCCUUCAACUCCAUUGUGUGGAGGAUAAACCGACUGCCCGACAAAAACUCAGCAUCUGGACACCCACACUGCUUCUUUUGCCACCUGGAACUUGGCUCUGACCGGGAAGUGCCUUCCAAGUUUGCCAGUCAUGUGAAUGUGGAAUUCAGCAUGCCCACAACUUCUGCCUCCAAAGCUGCUGUUCGAUCCGUCUCCGUGGAAGACAAGACUGAUGUCCGGAAGUGGGUCAAUUAUUCUGCACACUACAGCUACAAGGUGGAAAUUGAACAAAAAAAGAGUUUGAAGCCAGACUGUGAUGAAGAUGAAAUGGCUAAUCCCAAGGAGUGUGGGGUACAGUGAUAAAGACUUACAUCAAGUAAUCCUAACCCAAGAGUCACGACAGGAUGCCUUCCUGAAUAGCUGAAGUUGAAGUCAACACGUGCUGUGGCGACUCCAUGUGGGAACAGUCUAUGAGAGCUUCCUGUUCACGGUUACCUGUAUUUCAACAGGAGAACCCCUGAGGUGGUUGCUUGCUGGAAGCUAGUUGACCCUGAUCAUGCCUGAAGCACGUGGUGCACCUGACUUUUGAAGCUUAUUAUGUAAUUAAGCUUCUUUGUCUGUUUCUGCUUGUAUUGCAGCACUGGUAUGUGGUUUGUGAAGACAGAGUUUGGAAAGGAACCUCCAACGUCAGUGUUGGUACUGGUUCUGAAAAUCAUUUAUCCCUCAAGAGUGUCUGGAGAAAAGUAGUCCUGAGAAAUCAAUCCCAAAACCAUCUCUGUCACUCUUUAUAUAAAAGGCUCUGAAAAGGUUCAAAGUAAAUUUCCUCUUUGGGUCUAGUAGACCUUGUGUAGAGUCUUUGAACGUUAAAUGUUAACACUAUGCAAGAGGAGUUUUUCAGGUGUUCUCUCCUUGUUCUAGAUUGCUUUGAACUCAAGGGUUUUUGUUGUUGUUGUUGUUGUUAUGUUUUGUUUUGUUGUUUAUUAUUUUCCUAUUUCUCAAGGGUUUCAGUCACAGGAUUUGUUAUCCUACGUCACAAUAGACAAUGGGAAAAACUAGGAUUUUUUUAAAAAUUCAGUGACUGGGCCUACAUUCUACAAAUAGAUUGGAUUGGAUUUAUAUUUCUUUUGAGUGGAAAACAAAAUUGAAUUUGCCUUUCCUCUGUGGAAAAGGGUCAUUAAAUGUAAGAUUAUAUUCAGUUCAGUAAACAGCCUCAGUGUCAGUGAAUUUUCAAAUUCACACUGAAAAAUACAUACCCCUUCUGCUUCCUGAGACAUAUGAGGACUCAUUUAUAUGGAUUCAUGUCCUCUGGCAUUUAUCAGGGGCAUUUGGGAGUCCUUUUUAUACCUCAUAGCCACUAAACGGUUGCAUGUCUCUUUAACUCAAACGUUACAAGAAUUUCAAGGUGAAAGGAUUUUUUUUAACUAACUUUGAAUGAACUUUCCCCCCAGUGUCAGAGUUUGAUCAUCACAGUAUUGUAAUAGAUCCAAAACAGUAGAGUCGGUAUGGAGGAAAGCCAUUAUUUCCCAAUCCUGGUUCUAAGAGUUGAGACACUCAAUCUUCUUUCCCUUCAUCUAUACCUGCCCACAUCUGCAUCACAUUUGUAUCUUGGUGUUUUCUCUUGUGAAGAAAGGACACUUAAUCAGCUUUGUAGCUAAUACAGGAAUUGGCAAUAUUUCCAGUUUUGGCUGACCAAUUGAAGAUUUACUCAGUGAAUGGUCAUUGAAUUUUAACUGUUUUGACAAUGGAUUACAGAAAUCGUAAUGUUUUAAAUUUUCUAAGGAUAAUACUGAACCUACAGGGAUGUGGCUGAACAGAUGUUAGCGAGAAAUCUUACAUUCUGUGUUUUUAUACUUAAAAUGCCAUCCUCAAAGUACAAUGUUGAGUAUAUGAGUGGGCUUGUGUGUGUGUGUGUUAAUGUGCUUGGUAGUGCCUGGAAAGAGGCAAACAGGUCAACAAUAACUGUUUUUUU